AAAAAAAAAAAAAAAAAAAAAAAAAGUAGACUUGAAGAAUAGAAAUUAUGAUUUAUGUAUUAAGAUGUUUCAUACAAAGUCGUCGAUGGAAUAGAGCCAUUCGUAAUCUAUUACAUAAACAAGUGUUUAUGAAUGAUAGUUAUCUAUUAAAGACAACUCCUCCAGAUUCAUCUAUUACUGUCACGAAAGAUAAGUCUAUUGACUAUUUGAAAACACCAUUAGUAGUAGUAGUACUACAACAGCGAAUCAUGUCAUUCUUUACAAGGACACGUCAAGGAAGAGGACUACUCGCGUUUAUAAUCAGUGGAAUAUUUCAUGAACUUAUUAUUAUGAGCACAUGUCGAAGAAUGACUUUUGAAAAUCUUUUAUUUUUCAUUUUACAAGGUCUUUUUGUAUUAUUAGAAGUUGAGU